AUGCCAUCAGUAUCCUCCACCGCCUCCUCCAGACAGUCCAACGAAGGCCGAUUCGACACCCUGACCCCCGACCAGCAGGAACGGCUCAAGCAAAUGUGGUCGGUUCUGCUGGCGGCCAUGGAGAUCGCGGAGCCCCAGGCGCCCGCCGCGUCGCCCACGUUCGAUCCCAAGCCGCUGGUCCCCAAGCUGCUGGGCGACAUGACCUCCAAGGAGAUCCGUCUGGUUCUGUGGAACCUGUCGCGCACCAUGACCAUUGACAACAUGCUGCUGCGGUUUCUGCGGGCCCGCCAGUUCGACGUGGCCAAGUCGGUCGAGAUGCUGGGAAGGACUCUGCACUGGCGACUCAAGGAGUCCGGAUUGGACGAGCUGCAGUUCCGAGGCGAGAUCGGAGCUCUCAAGUCCAACGACGUGGAGUUCAUGACCCAGCUGCGAUCCAAGAAGGCAUACAUCCACGGCCGAGACAAGUGUGGACGGCCCGUGGUGCGAAUCACGCCCCGUCUGCACUCCAAGGACAAGCAGAGCCCCCAGUGCAUCGAAAAGUUCACCCUGCACCUGUUUGAAAGCACGUUGCUCAUGUUGGACGAAAAGGUCGACACCAUUGUCUUCCUCUUCGACAUGACCGGCUUCUCGCUCUUCAACAUGGACUACGCAUACGUCAAGUACGUGCUCAAGUGCUUCGAGGCCUACUACCCUGAGUCACUCGGCCUUGUGCUCAUCCACAACUCGCCCUGGGUCUUCUCCGGCGUGUGGAACAUCAUCAAGGGCUGGAUCGACCCCAACGUGGCCCAGAAAAUCAAGUUCACCAAGAACGUCAAGGCCCUGCAGGAGUACAUUGACAUUGAGCAAAUCCCCGCCGAUAUCGGAGGCAAGGACACCUUCAAGUACGAGUACCCCGAGCCCCGCAACUCCGAGGGCGACAAGCUGCAGGACCACGCGGGCCGAGAACAGGCUCUCAACGAGCGGUCGGCCCUGUGUCAGCAGCUGGAACAGAACACAAUCGAGUGGGUGCAAUGCUCGGCAGGCUCGGAAAAGCAGGUGCUCGACACCCGACGGGACCUCACAAACAAGCUCAAGGUCCAGUACUGGAACCUGGAUUGCUACGUCCGAGCGCCCUGCGUGUGUGAUCGACUUGGACAGAUCCAUCCUGUCAUGGCUUAA